AUGGGCCUAUCCCACUGUGUUUAUUCGGAGGCAAAAUUCGUCCGACAGCAAAAAGAACUCGAAUCGGUGCGAAGGAAAGUCGAGCGUUAUGAGGAACUGCUUCGUAGUAUUUCCACAGACCUCGAAGGGCCUAUCGCAAAUCGUGUUGCAAAUGCUCUCAAGGACCCGUUCGCCGGCAGCACAAAGCACCGAAGUAAAACUUCUAGCGCCUCCUCCUCCUCCUCGUCAUUCGGUUCCCUAGACGAGAACGAAGUCGUCAGUGAAGAUAUAAAUCGGGAUGAAAAGAGCCGAGCGACUGGGUAUAUUGGAAAGAAUUCUGAGGUUGUGUGGAUGCAGCGCUUGGAAUCUGAGGCUAUGAGGCAGGCUGCCAACAAAUUCCGUCCGAGUCGGAAGUCACAUCGGCUUCCGACCGACGAUUCCAUCGCAUCUGUGAACUAUCAUCUUGAUCAUCGGAGCCUCUCUGACCAAGACGUGUCCAAUCCUUUUGUUUUACCUCCAAAAGGAUUAGUAGAUCGAUUAUUCCAGGUCUAUCUGGAUAAAGUACAAACUUCCUUGCCAUUCAUUCGCCAGGACCUAUUUCAUCAUCAGUAUCAUCGUUGUUACGCCAGUAACAAAAACCCCGGUAGGAAAUGGUUGGCCAUCUUCAAUCUGAUCCUCGCCAUCGGUUGUGCGUUUUCUCGGCUUUCCCAGCAGGAUAUACACCCUAAUGGCAAUGAGGACAUAUUCUUUUCACGGGCUAGAUCGCUCAGCCUUUCACAAAACGUUCUUUACGAUCAUGAUGAUUUGCAGCAAGUUCAAGCCGAAGCGCUGAUGGCAUUCUUCUUGCUGGUUGUCUCGCAGAUAAAUAGGUAUGACACUAUCUGA